AUGGGAAUUCUCCUGGACCGCCAAAAUUACCAUGGAACCAAAAAGCAAACCAAAAAGGAGAGGAACGGCGUGAGCGUGAGAAAGCCGCGUAUUCUGCGUUUCUUCCCUUUCCGCGAUCGAUGGGCUGCGUCAAACCAGCUGCCUAUCGGCUUCUCAACCGUCCUCCGAACUGUGUCACUGACGAUGCUCUCUCAUAAAGGAACAAGGCUUUUUGGCGUGGUUGCCUUCUUUGCCAUUUUUCUUUUAAUCCUGUCCAGCACGCCCGCGACUCAGCUGCGUGAGGCAAAGGUCAAGGCCGGCUCCUAUGUCGAGAACCUCUCACCGAGCCUCCCGAAUCUAGCGAAAUUUCCACAACUUCCAAAGCUGCCAGACCUACCAGAUCUCAAUAACCUCCGUUUGACCUUCAGUCCUCCUACCCACAAGCCUCCAGAGCAAAAAAAUAGCACCAGCGGGGAAUCGAAGUGGUUCAGUGAUUGGAAAUGGCUGAAUCCAUUUUCCUCGAGCAUCACGUUGGAUGAAAACCGCUCUGUGCUCCCGCCCCUGGCCUUGAGGCGGCACGUAUUCACGUACUACAAUUCCAUGAGCAAGAAACAAAAAGGAGAAUUUGAGGCAGAUAGACAGUUGCUUUUGACCUGGCGUCGUGCGUGGUGGGCGAAAGGGUUUCGUCCUAUAGUCCUGGGACCGUCGGAGGCGGCGAACAACCGUAGAUAUCGAGCAGUAAAAACGAAAGAACUGAGUCCCGAACUUGAAGCAGAUUUUAUGAAAUGGCUCGCCUGGGGAAAUAUUGACAGCGGCCUACUUGUGGAUUGGAGGUGUUUUCCCAUGGCCGAAUACGAGGACAGGUUAUUGGCCUCUCUUCGAGGAGGAUCCGCACCGGAGUACAUUACGCGGUUAGAGAAUUUGGGCACGUGCCUUUUUUCAGGCGAACGGAGUCUCGUGAACGAUGCCAUUGAAGCUGCGUUGCAAAGGAGCAAUUUGAAGGAUGCUACGGCUAUUAUUGAUGUGGUGCCGGAUAAGUUCUUCAGGGUCGAAAAGUCGACCAGCCUGGCUUAUUACGAUCCCGACAUGGUUGCCAGACAGUACUCACCCAUUGCGGAGAAAAUCAAGGAGAACCCGUCUGAGGGCAAACUUGCAUUGGUUGAUCUCAUCAACUUACACCUUCAAACCACAUUUCAAAAUACAUUUGCCUCAGGGAUCGCCGUCACGAAACCGUUUCCCGAAGUGACAACGGUCCUUGUGAACCCGGCUGUCAAACUGGCCGGCUUGCUUGCUCAGUGUCCGCCUUCCAUGCUCCAAUCGACUUGUCCGCCCAAUAAUCUUGGGUGCACUCCUUGCACUCCGAAAAAAAGGCUUAAAAUAUUGCAGCCUAGCGGCUACCUUAACAGCUCCGCGGUCUAUACCCUGGGUGUCCUUCCUCAUCCCUAUACCUUACUAAGUCUCCAGAGGGGCUCCGAUAAUAUCACUGUCCGUUACAUCCGCCGCGAGACUGACCGUGACAGAUGGCUUACAGAAUCUACCAAAAUGGUUCUUGGUGAAAAUAUUGACAGUUUUACCCGUGUUGUUCCAUUUAAAAGCAUCGUCGCUGGGCGUUCUGCAAUGUCCCGAAGCUUGUGGUUUACCGUGGAGUCAUUCCCCGCCAACCCCGAGCAAAACCAGUUGCCAUCUGAAACCAUUGACGAUCUAGACUGGCACUUUGGCUUCCGAAUACCGCGGGAACCAUCAGAUGGCAAUGGUAGCGCGCAGAAGCCUCUCAUGAAGGAUUUCCCUGGCAGCGACGAGGCGAAGAUCAGGAUGGAGUUUGAUUUGAUUGAGAAAGCAAGGAAUGUACUGAAGAGCGCGAAGAACGAGGAUAAGAGGAUUAAAGAUGCCUCGGAGGCGUGGAACCUGGUAGACACGGAGGUUUGGCGGUUUGUCCGCGCUUUUCGGGCUAGAAGCGUCAUCGAGAGGAAAAAGUGGGAGGAGGAAGAAAAAGGGUUUGCAGGAUCAUAG